GAGUACAAGACGAAGAGCGGAGUCGUCUGCAACAAGAAGCUUAUUCUCGGCGGCGCCCACCUGAUAGAGGCGUUCUACAUCGCUCUGAAACAGCAUCCGAAUGCUCCGCAGUUGCACGCGAGCCUUGUCGAAGGCGUGCCUGACUGCACGCGCGUCGAUGCCCGAACCCCUUCGGACGGCCUCAAGUACUUCGUCGACAUCAGCAACGAGCUCAACGGUUUCGCGUCGAGGACUUCCUUCUUGCAGAUGUAUCGGCGCGUUGAGGACAUUGGGAAAGGCUACACCAACCACCUGAAGCGCGAGACGCAGCAGCAGCAGCAACACCAGCAGCAACGCAAAUUGGCCGCCGCCGCCGCCACUUUCGAGGGGGCGCUUGCGGGCGGUGAGGGCGGCGAACCAGAUGCCGCGGAUCAGAAGCCAGCGGGCGCGGACAGCAGCAAACGCAAAGCCGAUGACGCCGCUGACAAUGCUGGCGGCGAGCAGCCUGCUUCCAAGAAACUUCGGAGUCAGGCUGGCUACGAGACCGAAUACCUUAACUGGAUGAAGAAGGCCUUUCCAAACACCUUCACGCACAUGACUGUGUUUAAGGCGGCUCGCGCGUUCAAGGCGAAGAUGGUUGAACUCAAGCAGUGGGAGCCGUUCGCGGACUACAUGGAGGCCCACGUCAAGUUCACUGAGACCUUCGAUCAAGGAAACGUUAUCCAUUGUCAGGCGGCCGUUUUGAACGCGUUCGCAGCAGAAGCAGAAAGGCCUGACAUCAUGACAGAGUUCUUGGUGCCUGCAUUGCGUCUUUGCGCGCCGACCAACGACGGAGUGCCCCAGGUGUGCUUCUCUGUGCGGAACACGGCUGUCAAGCUGUUCUCAGGCUUCGUUGACGUCAGGAUGUCGAAGUGCGCCGAGGCAGUGGCCAAGGCUAAGGCAAGUGGAAAGACAAAGAAGGGAGCCGCCAAAGCGAAGGCCAUGGGCAAGGUUGGGGACAAGGCUGUGGCCGCUAUGCCGCUGCCGCCCGCUGCCAGCAAGACAACUUUCUGGGGCGACGCCCUCAACGUGAUCGCGAUGGUCACCAAGGACGCAAAGAGUGUUCUCGCUGAGGUCGUGGAGGACGCGAAGUGCUACGUGAUCAUGCAGAUCGUGCAACACGAAUGCACGCUCCCGAUUCGCAAUGAAGGCGACGUGCAGGUCAAAGGCUGGACCAAGUUCAGGAAGGCCCUCGCGCGGUUCGUCAUUGCCCAGCACGAAUACAACGACGGCGUCAACUUGCAUUUCGAGAAAUUCAAGGAUACGGGGUCGGCUGGCGAGCAGGGCAUUGAUGAUGCGUCUUCUACUAUUGCGGUCAUGGGCCCUGUCCCUGAGGCCUUCCACGAGGGGAUGGUGGUAACUUUGCGCGACUACUUGGAGAAGGAUCCCGUCGAUAUUUCGACGUGGGACGAGGCUGGGGACUUAUCCAAAGUGCUGGGGAAGGACUCUUCCAUCGCCGUCGCCCGCGUCGUGUCGGCGAGCAAGGGCGCAUGGGCCAGCAAGUCUCACAUUUGGUCGCCAGCGAUGGCAGAGGCAUUGGAACCUGCAGCCGAUGUCGACGCCUGCGUCAGUGAAGUGUUGAACCAAGUCUGGCUUGCCGUAGAGGGACUGCAGCCAUCGGCGGUGUGUAAGGUACUGAGCAAGUUUGUGGAAUUGCCGAAAGCUGACAACUUCGAGGAUCUAUCUGCCUUGGCCGACGUCCAUCCAGUGUUUUGCCAGCCCCUGAAGUAUUUCAAGAGUUGCGCCGACGCCGUCGUCUACUUGAACUUUCGGUCACGUUUCGUGAUGUCACUGAUCGACGAAUCGUGCAGUGCGAUGCAGGACAUGAUCCAGAAGAAGCAGGGCAAGCCCUCUGCGUUGGAGAACACUGUGGCGUAUUUGAAGAAAGGCCUCUCUUUCGUCCGUGCAAACACAGAGAAAGUUGCGGUAUCUGAUUUUCGGUUGGCAGACGACUCCAGUUGGAAAAGCUUGUGGGCGAGGCUGAUGAAAAAGGCCAACGAGGAGGCUCCGAAGGAGGAGUUCGCUGCACAGAGGGAGAAGCCGUCUCAGCAUUGCGGCGUGGACUUGGAAUCAAUGACGGCUAAAGAUCUGAAGGGGUUGGCCUCCCAUUUCAGCAUAGCCUUCGAGAGUAGCAUCAAGAAGGCGGAGCUGGUCAAGCUCAUUUCUGACAAGAAGGCGACGAUUGCAGCUGCAGAUGAAUCGUUGCAGCAGUCUGGGCCAAACGUUGACGACUGGUGGGAGCGCCUUGCUGGUGAGUUUACUUCGGGCGUGGACGUCAUCGAGAGGGCACUGGCAGAGGAAGAUGAGAAGCUGACCAUUGGCGAAUACUAUUUUCCCUCUGCGGCUCCGUCUGCGAGCGGUCUGAAGGCUCUUGGUACUGUGGCGUUCGCAAUGAACGCGACCCUGAGCAUGAUCGACGACAUCAAGGCCCACAGGGAGACCAACGUCGAGUGGAUGUCUUUCAAGGCCGACGCGAACAACAACGGACAGGUUGCAAGGCCUGUGAAGUUUCUUGGGCCAUCGAAGGCCGAACUCGAAGCAGAUCCGACUAUCUUGGCUAAGCUCCCGUCAUGCCGUCUGUUGAUGCGUGGCCGCGUCACCGCCAUCCCUGCUGGAACUUCUGCGGGGCUUAGUAAGUUCUACGUCGGGAAGGCGCUCGGCGGCUACAACUUGGUCGUGACGCCGCUGAGCCCGAAUCAAGACAUUGGUUGGUCCAUGAAGGUGGUGACGGGCGAGGACUGCUUGCCCACGAUGGUCGUCGACGACGAGAGCAGCUACGAUAUCGUGACAAAGGGCCCCGACGGCACGGACUGCGCUAUCAAGGUCAUCACGUUGAUGCCGAACCCCGAGUGGAUCGCCUCCCUGGCCAACCGCGUGCGCAACGAUGAGUCCGCGGACAGCGCCCGGGAC